GAUGCUGGGCCGCAGGGGCGCGCGCGCGGAGCGCGGGAUGCCGCGGGGCUGGACCGCUCUCUGCCUGCUGAGUCUGCUGCCCUCUGGAUUCACAAAUACAGACAACUCAACUACUGUUACCACAGAGUCAUCUACCACAGGAAUGUCUCCAACUGUUCCGAUAGAUGUAUCCAGCCCGGAAACCAUAACACCAAGGACUCGUGAAAGCACCACGUUCUCCCCUGUCUCUCAGGACAGCAAUGGGACCACAGCAGCCAUCUCAGAGCCGACAGUCAACUUUACAUCCACUUCCGGAAUCACCCCAGUUCCUGGAACUGUGAACUCUUCUGUCGAGACACAGACCUCAUUAGCCACCAUUAUGGCCUCCACCCUAACCAACUUUUCAACUUCAGAGAUGACCUUGAAGCCCAACAUGUCACUUGGAAAUAUCACAGAGCCCCCAUACAAUAGCACCAGCCUUGUGACAUUUUCCAUUAAACCUUAUACAUCACUUUCUCCUACGUCAAGUAGCAUCAAGGAAGAAAUCAAAUGUUCCCAAGUCAAAGAAGUGAACUUGACCCAAGCUAUCUGCCUGAAGCUCAGUAAGACCUACAGCUGUGAGGACUUUAAGAAGGACAAUGGAGAGGACCUGACCCGAAUCCUGUGUACGAAGGAUCAGGCCGAGGCUGGGGCCGGUGUGUGCUCCUUGCUCCUUGCCCAGUCUGAGGUGGAGCCUCUCUGCCUGCUCCUGGUCUUGGCCAACAGAACAGACGUUCCCAGCAAGAUCCAGUUUCUGAAAUCUCACCAGUCUGACCUGGAAAAGCUGGGGAUCCAAGACGUCUUUGAAGAAAGUGUUGGGAAACACCAGAGCUACCCCCGUAAGACCCUGAUUGCUCUGGUCACCUCAGGGAUCCUGCUGGCUGUCUUGGGCACCACUGGCUACUUCCUGAUGAACCGCCGCAGCUGGAGCCCCACAGGAGAAAGGCUGGGCGAAGACCCUUAUUACACGGAGAACGGUGGAGGCCAGGGCUAUAGCUCAGGCCCUGGGGCCUCCCCUGAGGCUCAGGGGAAGGCCAGUGUGAACCGAGGGGCUCAGGAGAACGGGACCGGCCAGGCCACGUCCAGAAACGGCCAUUCAGCGAGACAACACGUGGUGGCUGAUACCGAAUUGUGACUCGGCUGGGUGGGGCAAGGCUGGGCGAUGUCUGGGGCACCGGGCCUUCCCCGCGUCUGGCCACCCGCUGCCCCCCGCCGGAGGCGCCAUCCUUGCCUUCUGGCCUUCGCCCCUGCACACACCCUCCAAGGCCAUUCCUGGGGCCCUGCGCUGCACCCUAGAGGGGUUCUCUCCACCUUGGGGAGAGGCAGGUAACCUGCCCUUUAUACAUUCAGCUCCCUGAACCCAGCCUCUGGUCGUCUUCGAGUACGGAUGUGAUGGGGAAAGCCGAAGUCAGAGAAACGUCCAGUUGGGGUUGAUGGUCUUCAGCAUUCACACACGGCCCCUUUCGUCUCCCUCCUCUGCCUCAUGUAGGAACUCCCAGGAGAAAGCCGGGGCUUUUCUGAGCUACAGUUUCCUCCCAGGAGUCUUUGCCUUUCACUGUUCCUUCCGUAUAUUUUCUUCCACUCAAGGGAAACCAAAGCAACCCGCUACACUUGCUCCUUUGUAAUGAUAGAGCCAGAAAAACUCAUCUCACACCGUGUACCUUAGGCCCCUCCAAGUCACUGUGGAUUCAUUGCCAGCUUCCCCGCUGCUGUCCAAGUUGCCCCCAGUCCCCAGAUUCCCCUGCAUCUGUGUGCAGAAGCCGCUUUCUGGCUGAGCCUGAACGGGGCUCUGGGUUUCAGAACAAUGUCUCUGUGUUUGGGAGACAGGGUGGAGGUGCAGGGGCACACAUGUUCCUGCUCAUGGGGACAGAUGGAGGCGCGCAGAUAGCUCAGUCCUGGUCGUCCUGGAAGCUCGCAGAGCCUCUGCGUGGGCUCCUCUCCCCUUUCAGUGGUCAGCGGGGACAGGAACACAGGGCCACAUCACUGAGCCAAACCCCUUGCCCUAUACGCAUCUCAGGAAGCCUCUCGCCCUUAGGCUAGGUCCUGGCCUUACCCUGUGAUCUCAGUGGCUUCCUCCCCCUCCUCCCCUGAUUCCUGGGGUGAGCCAUGUCCUCACUCCCCAGCAGACUCCCUUCUGUCCCUGCCUCCUCCACCCUGACCCCCUUCACUGCUCUGCAACCACUUGUGGCCAGGGCCAGGAACAUCUUCAAAGCACCCUCACCACAAGCCACCUCCUCUGUGGGUGACCCAGGUCCUUGUUUCUAUUUUUCCAGAGGGGUGAGCAGGGAUCCUGAUUUCAAUGACGGUUGGAAAUAGAACUUUCCAGAGAUAGGAUGAUUGGGUAGAUUUUUUUUUUCUCUCUGAAUAAAAA